AUGACUAUCGAAUUGGACACCUUGAGUUAUGCUUUAUUGACUUCAAUUGUUGGCGCUGCAGCCUUGUUGUCUGUCAGAAACUCCAAGGCACCCGAUAUUCAUCCAUUGCUAUUAAACACUCAAUCCGAUGUUUCGCGACUUCGACACCCAGAAGAAAGUGCUGUAUAUCGCUCCAGAAUGUAUCCCAUGGGCACGCCCCUUUGCUCUACAUUUGAUCGAUCCAUUCGCACAAUGGCCGAGUUCUACAGACUGGGUGGAUUGGAGAAGAACAAAUCUGCAGCGUUCUUGGCUCAGGACAAUAAUGCUCACUACUCAAACUAUGAUGAUAUUGGUAAAAGAGUCCCAUGUGUUUAUCAGGGCCUCAGAAGCAUUGCAGAAUUGGUACCUCAAUCCGGAGAUGAGAACUCGUUUGUCGGUAUUUAUGCUAGAAACUCUCUCUAUACCAUCCUCACCGAAAUCGCAUGUCAUCGGAAUGGACUAGUUACUGUGCCUGUAUCGGCUUCUGCAUCCAUCACACACUUGUCUCAUGUCAUUGAAAAGACUGCGCUCAAGGUAUUGCUGACAGAUGCUGGCCUUUUGGACCAAGUCUUGUUGCUUGCCAAGGGAUCUUUAUUGAAGAAGCUCAUUGUCUUUGGUCAAGCAUCAGCUAAAGAUAAGCAACAGGCGCAAGCUAUUGGCAUUGAAUUGUUGUCGUUCGAGGAAUUGGAAGCGAGAGGAAAGACGGCCAGUUAUGAGGCUGUUACAGUUGCUCCAGGCGAUAUCGCCAGUAUCUAUUUUUCCUCUCAACAUGAUUCCAAGAAUGGCGUUGUGCUGACACAAAAGAAUUUGCUUGCAAGUGUUUCUUCUUACUUGUUGGUUGUUCCACCUCAACAAAGAGUUACACCCAAAGAUAGAUUGGUGUUGAAUCUGCCUAUUGAUAACGUAUUUGGACACGUAUUGGUGGCAGCUGUCAGUUUGUUGGGAGGAUCUAUUGCAUUUGGAAAGGAUAUUGACGAUGAGCAAAGUAUUGAUGUUGCUGCAUCUCUCGCAUGUAUUGCUGAAGCCAAGCCUACUAUCUUUGCCAGUGGAUCAGCAUUCCUCCAUCAAGUCAAGCAAUUGAUCCAAUCGCGUUAUGGCAAAUCGUUCUUGUUUAAGCGUGGGUUUGGCAUCAAGGAAGGCUACCUCAAGGAGAGUCGCUUGGUGGAAGACUGCAAAUACGAUAUGCUGGUAUUCAGAGACAUCCGCAAGACCUUGUUUGGAGGAAACUUGAGACUUAUUUUCAUUGACAAUGAUGACAAUACCGACCCUGCCUUGGCUACUUUCUUGAGAGCAGUAUUGAGCGUCCAGGUUUUGCAAGCGUUUAAUACAACAGAAACUACAUCUUCCAUUACAUCUUCCAUGUUUUACGACUACAACGCUAUCCCUGAGGCAAAAGGAGCCCCAUUACCAUGCAACGAGGUUAAAUUGAUUGAUGUACCUGAGCGCUCAUUGCACGCUGAAGACAGCCCUAAUCCUCGAGGCGAAAUUUGGGUUAGAGGUAAUAAUGUAUUUGGCGGCUAUUACAAUGACGAAGCAGCUACCUCUGAAGUGCUUGAUGCUGAUGGUUGGUAUGCAACUGGAUAUCUCGGUGAAGCUUUGGCAAACGGUACUUUUAAGAUUAUUGGCAAGAAAUAG